UUGUAUAUUUAAUUAUUAUGCUUUGUUUUUUAAAGCUCCUCCUCAUGCACAUGAUGUUCUUGCUCUUCAUCGACAUGGUCAUAAACUUGGUGGUUUACCAAUAAUCUUCUGGAUAGCAUUAGCAUUUUUAAUAAUUAUUUUUCAUUUAUUUUUAUUAAAAAUAAUUCUUAAUGAAAUGGGUUUCUUUACACAUAAGUUACCAACAUAUACAAAACCACGUGUCCUCUAA